GCUCCAGUGGGGGGGUAGGGGCGGGGUGGCUCGGCUUCAAAGUCCUCCUCCCCAGAACCUGAUCCCCGCGCCAGCAGGCUGCAGCCCUUCGCUCCCUCGGUCACGCUCUUUAUGUACUUCUAGUGCACUCGAUGCCACAAAGGACGAGUCCAGGUGCUGACUUCUCAGGUGACCUUGGGGUGGAAGAUGGGUGCCCAAGUGCUGCUGCAGAUGGCACUGUUCCUGCUAGGUGUGCUCCUCCUGGUUCAAGGUACCCAGGGCCGGACGCCCCGUGAAGACUUCCGUUUCUGUGGCCAGAGGAACCAGACGCACAAGAGCAGCCUGCAUUAUAAGCAGACGUCGGAGCUGCACAUCUCCGUCAAGAACUCAGAGGGAGCCCUCACGAUCCAUGCCCCCUUCCCCGGGGUCCUCCCGGCUCCCCAGCUCUUCCCUGAGCCCAGGGGCCUCUACCAUUUCUGCCUGUACUGGAGCCGCCACGUGGGGAUACUGCAUCUUCGCUACGGCAAAAACGACUUCUUGCUGAGUGACCGAGCCUCUGGCCUCCUGUGCUUCCGGCACCGGGAGGAGAGCCUGGCUCAGGGACCCCCGCUGCUCGCCACCUCGGUCAGCUCCUGGUGGAGCCCCCAGAACACCAGUCUGCCCAGUGCUGCCGGCUUCACCUUCUCCUUCCACAAUCCUCCCCAGAAGGCCUCCCACAAUGCCUCGGUGGACCUGUGCGAGCUGAAAAGGGACCUCGAGCAGCUCAGCCAGCUCCUGAAGCACCCCGGGAGGACCUCGAGGAAGCCCUCAUCAACCCCCGCCAGCCAGAGGCUGCAGACCCUGGAGUCGAGGCUGACUUCUGUGAAGUUCACAGGGGACACGCUGUCGUUCGAGGAGGAUCUGGUCAACGCCACGGUGUGGAAGCUGCAGCCCACGGCCAGCCUCCAGGACCUGCGCAUCCACUCCAGGCGUGAGGAGGAACAGAGCGAGAUCCAGGAAUACUCGGUGCUGCUGCCCCGCACGCUCUUCCAGAAGACCAAAGGCCGGAGAGGGGAGGCUGAAAAGAGACUCCUCCUGGUGGACUUCAGCAGCCAAGCCCUGUUCCAGGACAAGAACUCCAGCCAAGUGCUGGGUGAGAAGGUCUUGGGGAUCGUCGUGCAGAACACCAAAGUGGCCAACCUCUCAGAGCCCGUGGUGCUCACCUUCCAGCACCAGCCACAGCCGAAAAAUGUGACUCUCCAGUGUGUAUUCUGGGUUGAAGACCUGACAUUGAGCAGCCCAGGCAGCUGGAGCGAUGCUGGGUGUGAGACCAUCAGGAGGGAGACGCAGACGUCCUGCCUCUGCAACCACCUGACCUACUUUGCAGUGCUGAUGGUCGCCUCUGUGGAGGUAGCCGCCGUACACAAGCACUACCUGACCGUCCUGUCCUACGUGGGCUGUGUCAUCUCCGCUCUGGCCUGUGUCCUCACCAUCGCCGCCUACCUCUGCUCCAGGAGGAAGUCUCGGGAUUACACCAUCAAGGUGCACAUGAACUUGCUGCUGGCUGUCUUCCUGCUGGAUGUGAGCUUCCUGCUGAGCGAGCCGGUGGCCCUGGCCGGCUCCGAGGCUGGCUGCCGCGCCAGCGCCAUCUUCCUGCACUUCUCUCUGCUCUCCUGCCUCUCCUGGAUGGGCCUGGAGGGCUACAACCUCUACCGACUCGUGGUUGAGGUCUUCGGCACCUACGUCCCCGGCUACCUGCUCAAGCUGAGCAUCAUGGGCUGGGGCUUCCCUGUCUUCCUGGUGAUGUUGGUGGCGCUGGUGGACAUCAGUAACUAUGGCCCCAUCAUCCUGGCUGUGCACAGGACUCCGGAGAGUGUCAUCUACCCUUCCAUGUGCUGGAUCCGGGACUCCCUGGUCAGCCAUGUCACCAACCUGGGCCUCUUCAGCCUGGUGUUUCUGUUCAACAUGGCCAUGCUGGGCACCAUGGUGGUGCAGAUCCUGCGGCUGCGCCCGCAUGCUCACAAGUGGCCCCACGUGCUCACGCUGCUGGGGCUCAGCCUGGUCCUCGGUUUACCCUGGGCCUUGGUCUUCUUCUCCUUUGCUUCUGGCACCUUCCAGCUUGUGGUCCUCUACUUAUUCAGCAUCAUCACCUCCUUCCAAGGCUUCUUCAUCUUCCUCUGGUACUGGUCCAUGCGGCUGCAGGCCCGGGGCGGGCCCUCGCCUCUGAAAAGCAGCUCGGACAGCGCCAGGCUCCCCAUCAGUUCGGGCAGCACCUCGUCCAGCCGCAUCUAGGCCACCAGCCACCCGCCAGAAGCUGCCUGAGGAACCAGAGAUGGGGCUUGUCCUCACCACCACCUGCCACCCCCACAGCCAGGCCUGACACUUGAUGGUCAGCCAGAGACUUGAGAGGAAGGCCCAAGGACCUUGGGGUGAGGGGGCUGUUGCCUUGGCAGCCAGACGCCCAGGCUCGGCCCUUUGAAUUGGCCUGUGUACUACUCGGCUCUCCGGCCCCGCUUACAAGAGGCUCAGGAGUAGGACCUGUACCCCCACUGUCCUGAGGGCUGAAGGCUGGUCUUAACUCACCACCCCUGGGCCCAGCCCUCAUUGCUGAGGAUGGGAGGCCACAGGCCCCAAGGUCAAGACCUAGACCUGUGAGGCCUGGCACCAUCCUUGGCCCUGUGCCCCAGCCCCGGACAGAAUGUGCCAGAGCUACUGUCUCUGGUGAGCUCCACGAGGGCCCUCUGCGGUCCUGUCAUUUUAGCCUGAGAGUGGUACUCAGGGCACACGAGUGUGGGGCAGAGCUUUGAGCCAGAGCCCUGGAGGAGGAGAGCCCCCUGCAGCAGCAGCUCCUCUACCUCUGAGCCCAGCACCUCAGCCUCCCCAGCCGCCAUCCCUCUCCAGCCCCGGAUUCAGCCAAUUCCAGUGCUGUAUUUUGGGUUGUGGUUGCCAAGAGCUGCUUGGUGCCUGCUGUAAACCUUUAUCUACUGCACGGGCCUUUGCCUGCCUUUGACUCAGGCUUAGUAUAGAUGUUCUGGGCUGGGCCAGGUCUGUCUGUCCAUCUGGGCCUUUCUAUAGGCUGCCUUGCCCUUGUUCACCACUGCCAAGCCCACCCCUCACAGGGACUGUCAGCCUCUCCCAAAGCCCUCUUGUGGCAAGAACUGUGGAGCAUAGCAGGGCAAAUUUGCUUCUGCCCCAGUACUGGGAAGACUGAGGUGCGUCUCCCCUGGUGACCCUGGCCUAGAGCCUAACAGGCUCCUCAGGAGCUACAGGCACGGGAUUAGGGAUUGCUGGAGAUCCAGGAAGACUUCCUGUAGGAGGCAACAUUUGAUCUGGCUCUCAGCCUUAAACAUGGGGAGGACUUUCUUUUUAAGCACUAGCUCAUUUGUCUUUUGAAUUUAAAGAAGUAGAUGUUCAUUGUAGAGAAUUUGGAAACUAUAGAAGAAAAGAAAUUAAAAUCAGCUGUUGUUAAUACCUAACAAACUAAUGUAAA